UGGCUAUGCAAAACCAGCAGGACCACUGCUUCAGGUGUCUGUGACAACAGGGAACAACAAUAUACAGAUCCGUGCAACACUAAAAUAGUAGAGAUGGAACAAGGGACAGGAAGGAUUCUGAAGAUUCUGUUCCUGUUGACACUCACUGGUCAAUGCCAAGUUUCAGGGCAGCUCUCUGACCUGAGGAUAGUUCUGGUGGGGAAGACUGGAUCAGGGAAGAGUACAACAGGAAACACCAUCCUGGGGAGGGAGGGGUUUAAAGUGGAGGCUUCUCCAGUGUCUGUGACUGCACAGAGUGAGAAACAGAGUGGAGUGGUGGAUGGGAGGAAGAUUGAUGUCAUCGACACCCCGGGGCUCUAUGACACAACAAUGUCUCAAGAAGAGAUAAAAAGAGAAAUAGAGAAGGCCAUCUACAUGUCAGUCCCAGGACCCCACGCCUUCCUGCUGGUGAUCAGACUGGGGAGGUUCACAGAGGAGGAGCAGAACACUGUGAAGUGGAUCCAGGAGAACUUUGGAGAAGAUGCCUCAAUGUACACCAUCUUGCUGUUCACUCAUGGAGAUCAACUGAAGGGCAAAACAGUCAAAGGGUUUCUUGCUCAGAGCAAAGCGCUAAGGAGACUCAUCAAUAUGUGUGGGGGCAGAUAUCACUCCCUAAUCAAUGACAAGAGAGAAGACAACACUCAGGUUAGAGAGCUGCUGGAGAAGAUUGAGGAGAUGGUGGUGGAGGACAAUGGAGGAGAACACUACACCAGUGCUGACUAUGAAGAGGCUCAGAGAAAGAUCAGCGAUAUUACGUUUUACUGUAAACUGGCAGCGUACGGCGGUCUAGCCGCAGCAGGUCUAGGGAUGUUGUCUGCUUCACCGGUAUUGGUGGCAGCAGGUCUAGCUGUAGGCGUCAGCCAAGGGUAUGAAUGCACUAUGCAUAUGCUAGGCUUUUAAAACACCGGGGGUACGUUCAGUUGGUCUUAACGUUUUGCUACGUAUGGCAACGGUACUUACUGAAUGAUAUAACAGUUCUUUCAAAACCAUUUGCAAUGUUAUAUAUAUAUGCUAGCCGGGUGGCAGGGUGGCCCUAGCAGGGUGUGAACGUGGAAAAUGUGAACAAAACACUCCUGCUGCACUGUACACAAUCACCCUCUCAUCACCUAUAGUUACAAUGUUCCUCAACUCAAAUCAUGAUAGUUUUUGAAAGCAGCCCAGGUGUUGACCAUGUUUUUUCAUCUUAGUGCAUGUAUUUAGUGUGGAAAUAUAGUAUUGUUGUGUCUUUACUAUGGAUUAAAUGACAUGACAUGCUAUUUUAUAAAAUAAAUUAUCUGUAAUUAAUAUUACCUGAUUAAACUAAUCAUGCAAAUGUAAUUAACUAGGAAGUCGGGGCACCACGGAAGCAUGUUUAUAGAGCUGUUGUCUUCCGAAUAAACUCUUAAAGACCUGGUCA